AUGAGCUGCUCUACCAUCUGUUGGGGUAUUGCUGCUGAAAUAGAAGUGGGUUGUCAUAUUUGUGCAGAUGCACUGCAUUCCUAUUUGGAAUGUGGAAGUGCCUCUUCUAAGGUGUGAACUCUGUGCAUUUCCAUCUUAGAUUCAUCAGUGUGCCAUCUCUAGACUCCUCCUCUGUCUAGGAUCUGUUUUGAUAAAGUUUUCUUUUGUAGACAGACACACUCACUCCAGUGUGCACACAGUCACCGCACAAAAGAGAACAAGACAAAGGGAAAAAAAUGAGAGAGGAAGGACAAAAAGGAAGAUAGGCAGCAGAGCCAUCAGUUUUCAUGACUCAAGGAAGCUAGCAAUACUUUGUGAAAGAAUUUGGGUUUUUGCAUCAGUUGAGCUCUAUUUUUCUUCGCUUCUUGGUUUCAAAGGGUAUUCCAGGUAUUGUUCAGUAGCUUGGCUAUGAGUUGCCUUCUAGCACUGUAGAAUCAUUUCCAUAGCAUAUCUUCUAGAUAACAGCAACUCUCUAUCUUACAGUAGGUGAAGAAGACAGUGAUGGAAUUGGAACAUAAUGCAAAAAUGCUGAAAAUACAUGCAAUAUUUAAAAAUAAUAUUGACUGAACCUUUCUCUAGAAUUGUACCCCAGCUUGGAAAUGCCACAGCAGGAGGUCUAGGUCAUAAUCAAGUUUUAGAUCUGUUCAGAAAUUACAUAUCAGUCACUGAAACUUGGCUGGUGCAGUAGGCUGUAAUAUUUUUGCUUAAUCAGCUACAGAUCCAGGGAUGACACAUUUAUGAUCACCCUUUCAAUAGCAGCAGCAUGAAGGAUCUAUCCUGUUUUUUUCUGUGUGUUUUGUACCUCAGACCUGGCUCAGAGUAUCUAGUUUGUAUUUCAAUGGAUCUAUGAAAAGAACAUAACAAUUCAGAGUUGAAUGUUGUUCCCAUUAACUGUUGGGCAGAAUAGAUAUUAAAUGGCUAAAAGGAUCGUAACUGCUGGAACAAGUAUUCUGUUUAAGGCAGUAGACUUCUGUGCCCCUCAAGCAUUCUUUACUUACCACUACAUCUUUAAUUUUGGGAUGAGGAUUGUGUCCCUCUUUCCAUCCAUCUCUCCAUCAUUUGGAUGAGACAGUUCUUCUGUUUCAGUGCAACUUGUUGAGCAAUUGCCUCCUUAGCAGGUCUUUUGUAAUACACCUUGUCUACCAAUCCUUAAACAUCAGGGCAGAUAAGCUGUCAAGUACUGUAUGCUUCCAGAUGCGGUGGGAGGAACACAAUGUCAUGCUGUUAACAAUGUUUUGUCAGCGCAAGCUUUCUGCUUGCAUGAUGGAACAAUCUCCCCUUUCUUCCCCUUGUGCGCUGUUGUGGGGGGGGGUCUCCCGACACACACACCUCAAGCCAUUGAGGGGUGGGGGGGCCCCCCUGUUGCGCUACAGGAGACUUUGUUCAGGCUUCCAGUAGUGGAACUGGUUAGUUUAAUUUGGCCCUGUAUUUCCAAAACUGGGUGGGUGUAUCUUCUUUUGCUUUGGGCAAAACUCAUUUUGCUGUGGAUUUUGCUUGAUGAAGCUUUGUCUUGUUUCAGGUGAUCUUUUUGUCUGCAAAGGGCUUCUGAACCCAUUUUCAGGAUGAUCAGUACAAUGUCGUGACACUGGAGUUCUGGUAAGCUGCCUUUAGAAGCAAAGGGAACAGGCCAGAAGGCUUGCAGAAAUACAGGGUUCCCUACAUUAUAUUGAAGAAUGAGCUACUGAAAUUGGUUUUAAUAAUGGUCUGCUUGGCCGUAACAUUUGACGGAAUAAUAUUGUUGGCAUCCGUCUGUCUCGAGAGACAAUGGAGUGUGCCUCCAGGGAUGAAGUCAAAUGGCUGCGUAUAAUAAGUAUAUUACAAAAAGAACGAAUGGACCAUUGAUGUCCUGAUUGCAGUGAACUCUGCACUUUGGGUUGAAAGUAACUUUUGUGGAUUGUUUCUUCUGAGACAGUGGCAUUAACAGAAACGAGGCUGGCAAAGCUUGCUUUUCUGUAAGACAUAUGCCCUGUCCAACAUGUCCCAAAAGAUGACUUGCAUUUUAGCUUCAUUAACCUAGAAAAUAAUAAUAAAAUUUGCCUUUUGGGAUUGAUGAGUGAAAUUAGUGCCCAUUAUAUUGGGAUGAUUUGUAGUAGACAGGAGUGUUUGAAUUCAUCUCCUGCUUCAUAUUCUGUGUAGUCUGCUAUGGUCUUUUGUCCUCAGUGAAAGCAUGCCUACCAUCUUGUGUUUGAGUGUUUUACGGGUGAAGGGGUAGAAAUACAGCCUGGCUUACAGCAGAUUCAGAUGUGGCACAUCCAAAAUGUUUAAAUAAGCAUGCCAGCCCACUUCUACUAAAAAUGCUUCUAGAAGUCUCAGUUUCUCAAAACCACCAAGUCUAAUUUGUGGGCAUUAGCAUAUGCUCUCAGGCAGAAUGAGUCCUGUGCUUGUGAGAACAAGAUCUCACAAUAACUCUGUAUAUGGCUUAUGUAAAAUACAGUCCGGUAAUGCAGAUUGGAUUGUAUUUCUUGUAGGUUCUUAAGCAUCAACAUUAGUAAUACCUGUCCUGUGACCUUAUCUGAAAUUUAAUUGGCACAUUCCUCUCCUUGCAAUGAGCAAAAAUAAUAAAUCUUUUUUAUUCUCUGUUGCCUUACAUACUUCGAGUAUGGGGAUCCUUUGCCAAAUUUGUAGGACUUCCUUCCUUCAGACUUGGAAGCAUUUGAGGAAGGAAUGGUAAAGGAGGAAAAGAACUUAAAUGUCCUGAUGCUAUCUUCUGAUAUUAAGAUAUGUUGAUGCUAUGUCAUAGAGUGACAAAAUUCAGUAUUAUGACAUUGUCAUAUGAAAAAGCUUGCAGUAUGUUUCAGCAGCACAAAAGGGUUUUUUUGCUUUCACAAUAUACUGCUGUGUUUCAAAGAAAUCUGACCAGUAAAUACUACUUUCUUAUACUUUUACUUUCUUCAUAGCUUAUAAACUUAUGAAUUAUGAAAAAAUACUUAAUUUGAAUAUUAUCAUCCAGUGUUAGAGGUGGGUAAUCUAGUUUUCAUUCAGAUACAAAAAUUGUUCUGAUAUAAAAACUGUGAUAAUAAAUUGAAUCUGAUAUAAAAUUGUUAUAAAAUAAGCCCUGUGUUAAAAUCUGCUCAAACACCAUAAUUUUCAAUGUUUCUAACUUUUCAUUUAAAUGUAGAUUGAGACAUAGUAUUUAUGGACAGUAGUCUAGAAAAUUGGGCCUAGCAACUUUGACAUAGGAUACUUAGCACUUGGAUGCAGUAAUUUUGAUGGUGGAUAUUGAUUAUUCAGAAGUCAUGAAAAAGAUCCCUCCUCCCAUUACCAUCUUGUGUUUCACUAGGGUAAUCGUUACCUGUUUGUAAGAUGUGCUAAUAAUUGUGUGAUCUUCUAAAAAUGUUGCUAUAUCUUUUUGCAGUGAUGUGGCCUGCGUAGUACUUUUAGAAAGCUUGAACUGAUUCAUACGAGCAACUUGCUUCUCUACACAUAAAUGUUUUUGUACCUGAUCUUGGAUUGGAGUGCAGAGAAAAUUCCUCCCUCUCAUCUGUUAGAUCUAGCACACCUGGUUGUUGCUUACGUAGCUAAUACCGGAAAAGCAUUUAUUUUAUAAUCGGAAUGUACAUUCAGCUUCCAUCUGGUUGAGCUUUCUCAUCUUGCCCUUCCAGUUAAAAAGGUGGAGAAAAAAGGCCAUAUACUGAUCUCAUUUAGUUCUAGAUUCCUCCCCUUUUUAAUAGUCUUUUUUUGUUCUUUGACUGGGUUUGGUUCAGUUUGCCCUGGAGAUGCGAGACUUCCUCACAACAGCAGGAGUCACACAUUUGGAGAAUGCUGGAGCUGCGAGAGGGAAAGGCCCAGUGCAACAACAGAGAGAAGCAAAAAGGAAAAAGACAAGCAGACCGACAGCACUGA